AUGACGAAUCUCGAUCAAAGAAUAUUAAGUUGUUUCGCUCCAACCAAAUGUGCCAUAAAAGCGAGUUCACUGCAAGAAUACCAAAGAGUAGUGCGGUUGGAUUUCGUUGAAGAAAAACGAGCCUUUGAUAUGAAAGAAUCAACGGAGCCAGGGAGCACAAUUGAAAGCCUAAAUUCGACGAGUAAAAYGUACCAGAACUCCAAAGAAUAUGGAUCUGAGGCGAGGGAGAUCAAAGAUGUCGAUCCAAGCAAUAAAGGAAAAGGCGGAUUUCGAGCUACUAUAUUUAUUUUCGCAUUGCUUAGCUUUGAGAACAUGGGCUUUGUGGCAAAUAUGGUGAGCCUGGUUCAGUACUUUCUUCUGGUGAUGCAUUUUGAUCUGCAAACUGCUGCAAAUACUCUCACCAACUUUCUUGGUUCUGCAUUUUUGCUCUCUCUUCUUGGUGGCUUCCUUUCCGACACCUAUAUCAACAGGCUCACCACCAGUCUCAUUUUCGGCGUCCUCGAAAUUCUCGCAUUAGUGAUGAUCACAGUCCAAGCCUACUCCCAAGAUCUUCUCCCGAAACCUGACUGUCUCAAGGACUGCGUCCGGGGCCGCAUUGCGUUCGUAUUCUACACCUCGCUGUACCUCCUCGCGGUCGGGUCGGGCGGGGUGAGAGGCGCUCUGCCCGCGCUCGGCGACCAGUUCGACCAGAAGGAUCCGAGGGAGGCCAAAGCUCUGCCCACAUUCUUCAACUGUAUGUUGCUCAGCGUCGUGGUCGGCGCCGCCGUGGGAGUGACUGUGAUCGUGUGGGUCGCAGUUAACAAGGCCUGGUUUUGGGGGUUCUUGAUCUCCGCCGUCGCCACUGCCGUCGGGUUUGUUGUCUUUGCCGUUGGGAAGCCAUUUUAUAGGCUUCAUGUGCCUGGUGAAAGCCCAGUCUCGAGGAUCAUUCAGGUUAUUGUCGUGGCAAUUAGAAACCGAAGGUUACCCUUGCCGGACUCACCGAGCGAAUUGUAUGAGAUUAGUGACAAAUAUUAUUUGGAUUCCAUUGACUCUAAAAUUGCACACACCAAUCAGCUCAGGUUUCUUGACAAAGCUGCAAUUCUCCCAAAUGAUUCAGAAGCCCAAGCAUGGAAAGUUUGCAGUGUAACUCAAGUAGAAGAAGUGAAGAUCAUAACAAGAAUGGUGCCCAUAUUCAUCAGCACCAUUAUCAUGAACACUUGCUUGGCCCAGCUCCAAACUUUCUCUGUGGAACAAGGCAACACUACAAUUAUGGACAGAAGCCUUGGCCAUCUCCAGUUCCCAGCACCUUCAAUCCCUGUCAUCCCUCUGGUUUUCAUGGCAUUUCUCAUCCCGCUCUACGAGUUUGUCUUUGUCCCCUUCGCACGUAAGAUCACCCACCACCCCUCGGGCAUCACCCAGCUCCAGCGCGUCGGGGUUGGACUGGUACUCUCGGCCAUAUCAAUGGCGGUAGCAGGGCUGGUCGAGGUGAAGCGGCGGAACCAAGCGACGAACCAUCCGAACCAACCGAUGAGCCUGUUUUGGCUGUCGUUCCAAUACGGUAUAUUUGGAAUAGCAGACAUGUUCACCCUGGUGGGGCUGCUGGAGUUCUUCUAUAAGGAGGCUCCUGUGGGGAUGAGGUCCCUCUCCACUUCAUUCACAUGGCUCUCCCUUUCAUUUGGCUACUACUUGAGCUCCAUCUUUGUGAAUGUGGUGAAUAAGGUCACUAGAAACAUAGCUCCAAGCAAAAAGGGUUGGGUUGAAGGCCAGAUUCCGGAGGACUUGAACCACAACAAUUUGAAUCUCUUCUAUUGGUUCUUGGCCAUUCUUAGUAUUUUGAACUUCUUUCAUUACUUGUAUUGGGCGUCGUGGUAUAAGUACAAGACCGAGGAGCCGAUUGCGGAGUUGGAUGGAGGGGGAGGAGAAGACGCUCCGAUUGUUCAAGACAAUCGGGCGUCGAAUGGAGGAGGAGGGGGAGAGGAGGGCGCUUCGAUUAUUCAAGACAAUCGGGCGGAGGGAGAAGGAGAAGAAGGCGCUCCAAUUCUUCAAAAGGAGGAGGGCAGUGAUGUGAAGGCUGAUCGGUAUAGUGAAGAAAAAGAAGCAAAUUGA